UGAAGUACAGCUGCAUGGUUGCCUGGACUCAUUUUCUGCUUUUCCUUAUGAAACUCACCUGCACAAACUGAAGAAGCUAGUCAGAAAACCAGACUUCCCUCUUGCACAAAUUAUUCGUAGGCUGUCAGAAAAGAGAUUUAGUGAUGCUCCUUUAAAUGCUACUUUAUUUAAAAAACAGCACUUUGUUGGGCCAAUUGUUGAUGGACUGUCAGUGAAAGCACAGUAUGGUGAGAUGGUCUGUGAGAAGUGGACUGUCAAAGUUUCUACCAGAGAUAAUGUUUUUGUCAUUAGAGAUAGCAUUUGUUGCAUACAUAAUAUUUUAGAGUGCAGUGAUGGAGUGUAUGUAGUGUACAAAGAAUUCAUACAGAACUCUUUGUUCUUCACCUACCCAUUCAACUCUGACUUUCUGAAUAUUUACAAAAUUUCACAAACAUCAGACACUCUCCAUUGUGUUAAAGUUACAGAGCUUGUUCAUAAGUGUGUUGUUUUGCCUCACAGGGAUAGUUUUGUGGCCAUACCACUAUUUCAUACAGUUUAGGGAUGUGUCAUGGAUUUUGGUGAAAAACACGGAAUGUAUAUAGAUGUAAAUGCACUUAUUUUAAGAAAGUAACUCCACAGCUGUUGAUCCUUGAUGUUUCAUCAGAUUUUCUUUUAGAAAAUCUGAUUUUGGCCAUGAAGGCUUGUCUGCUUCUUGUUUUUGUUAUGAGGAAUUAAAAGACUAAGGAUCUGUCAUUCUUAACUUGUAGCCAUAUUGUUGUUUCUAUGUGAUGUUUGUGGUGUUGAUAGUAGUAUAAAAUGUAUAAUAUUAUAAUAUAAUAUAUCUUGAAGAAUUUGCACACUAGUUUUGACUGAAUAGCUUUUAAAAUAGUAGUCAGAGACAGCAACAUAGACUGACAUUGACUGCAUCAUGACAUGCACAGCAAUCUUUGUACAACUGGAUGAAUAAUAUCUGUAAGUAUUUUAUGUAAAAUUCAUUGUUGCCAAUGUGUACACCAAACAUGGAUGCUAUUAUUUUCUGUGUCUGUCUUAAAUUUGACCAAUUUGACCUAAGGGUUUAAUAAUUGGAUAAUAAUGAAUAAUUGUUUCAGAACUUCUUGCUAAAGAGUUAUAUUGUAACUGACACACAUGCUUGUGUUUUUCUUUCUCAAUCAAGAAUGUUUCACUUAGUUGAAUUCUUGGUGAACAAGACAGUGGCAGUUGUGCCACAGAACUGGUGCAGCGACAGCGUGACAUACUGGCCCAGCUACAAAAAACGGCGGAAGAGUGGAUAGAGCUGCAAAAAAUGCAGAGGAGCCCGGAUCUGACUGGGGGAAGUUUGAUGUCCGAAUUAUAAAGUCAUGUGAUCAGUACUUAGAGGCUCGACACUUUAUGCAAAAGUCUUUGGUGUGCAACACAUCAGAGCUUCAUUCUGAAGAGGAAGAGGAAAUACAGCUCAGCAAAAGAAAACGAAAGGCGAUUCAUUACUUCGGUGAUACAAGCGAUGACAGUGAGGAUGAAGGUCAUCCAUCAAAGACAGCUAGACCCUCAUCUGCACCUGUCAUCCCUUCACCACCUUGUGCUGUGCAGAGUGGCAGCACAGCUGCCCCUCCUCCACCUAUUCAACCACCCACCACUCAUGGGAUAGAACGUGGAAGACAAGGGGAGGCACAUAGCCAGGUCUACAGACCUACCUGGCGAGGGGGACGGACUGAAGCUGAUGGUGUUGCCUACUCAGCGGCUGAAGUCCAAAUAUUGAGUUUGCUUGAGUACCUUAAACAACAGCAAGAACAGCUCAUUGUGAAGGUCAAUUAUUUAACAAGCAAGUUAACUCCAACUGGCCAAGACAGUGAAGUUUCCCCUGACCCAAUUAAGUUUCCCCUGACAUCAAUGGAGGAGGUGGAGGCUUUUGAGGACUGGCUCAAAGACCCUGCCAACUCUCACCAGAAGCAGAGUAUGAUUCGCUCCUUGGCAACAAUCGGAGGGCAUGACACCAAACGUGUAAUAUGGAACAUCCUUGCCCACAUGUUCAAUGACGAUGUUGGGAGGAGAAUUAAUUGGAAGGGGGUUAACAACAAGAAAUCCUUCAGCCAGAUGUCAGCAAAGACAUUGCUCCUGCAGUCUGUGCGGAAGAAUCAUGUGGGCCGUCUAGCCACGGAUGAGGAGACCUACAAACACACCAUAAGGUGGUUUAACCUUGCCGCUGACAGGGGGGCUUCUAGAAGGCGCCCCACUGUCAGCAUCUCCACCCCAGAUUUAUUUUAAUGUUGAUAAAAAAAAUGUUUGUUUUGAAAAGUUUAUUUUUUAUAAUCCAUAUUUCAUUAUUAUUAUUAU